AUGAUUAUGAUUAUAAUGAGUACGAUCACCAUGACCAUGAUCAUGACGAUCGUGAUUAUGAUGAUUACGGUCAUGAUGAUUAUGAACAUGAUCGUGAUCGCGAUUACGACAAUGAUGAUUAUGAUCAUGAUCAUGAUGAUUAUGGUUACGAUUAUGAUGAUUGAUGAUUAUGAUGAUGAUGAUGACGAUGAUGAUGAUGAUGAUGCAGAUUAUGAUUAUGAAGACGGUGAUUGUGAUUAUGGUUAUGAUGAUUAUGAUUACGAUUAUGAUUACGAUGACCAUGAUUGUGAUCAUGAUGAUUGUGAUUAUGAUGAUCACGAUCAUGACAGUUACGAUUACAAUGAUUAUGAUCAUGAUUACGAUUACGAAGAUUAUGAUUGUGAUGAUCAUGGCUACGAUGACUACGAUUAUGGAUACGACUAUAAUGAUUAUGAUUAUGACGACUAUGAUGAUGAUGACGACGGUCACGAUUGCAAUUAUGACUAUGACUAUGAUGAUUGCGACUAUGACGAUUGUGAACAAGAUGGUUACGAUUAUGAUUAUGAUGACCAUGAUCAUGAUGAUUAUGAUCGUGAUCACGAUUACGACAAUUAUGAUGGUCAUGAUCAUGGCUAUGACGAUUACGAUUACGACUGCGAUUACGAUGAUUAUGAUUAUGGUUAUGACGAUUACAAUUGCGAAUCCGAUUAUGAUAAUCACGAUGGCCAUGAUUAUGAUUAUGAUUAUGAUUGCGAUUACGAUGAUUAUGACUGUGGUUAUGAUGAUCACGGUUACGAUUGUGAUGAUUAUGAUCAUGAUCAUGAUCACGGUCGUGAUGAUUACGAAAAACAUGAUUAUGAUCAUAACUACGACGAAUAUGGUCGUGAUUAUGAUUGUGAUCAUGAUGAUUAUGAUUACGAUUGUGAUGAUUAUGAUUAUGAUGACUGUGGCUAUGAUUAUAAUGACUAUGGCUAUGAUGAUUGUGAUGACCAUGAUUACGACUAUGACGGUUAUGAUGACUAUGAUUAUGAUGACGACGAUUAUGAUUACGAUGAUCAUGGUCGUGAUUAUGAUCAUGACGAUUAUGAUUAUGGUUACGAUUACGAUUAUGAUUAUGAUGGUUACGAUGACUACGAUUGUGGUGAUUAUGAUUACGAUCACGAUUAUGUUGGUUAUGAUUAUGACGAAUAUGAUUAUGAUGGCUACGAUUAUGAUGGCUGUGGUUGUGAUCAUCAUCAUGGUGAUGAUGAUGACUACGAUCACGACUAUGACUAUGACCACGAUUAUGAUGACUAUGAUUCUGAUGAUUAUGAUUACGAUGAUCAUGACCAUGAUGGUUACGGUGAACAAUUACAAUUAUGA